AUGUUUCCUCAUUAUAAGAUACCCCGGUACGGGUUCAUACGUACUUUUAGUUAUAAGCAUGCUGAUGAAUCUCGGUAUCCCGUCAUGCCCACAGCCGUGCCACUUCUCGAAACGAAGAUAUUCCCCGCAAUCUUAUGGGGAUCACUGCCUCGUUCGUCUCCGGCAUCCGGCCACCUACUAAGACACUUUUCUAUCAUUUGUAAGAGCUAUUGCGUAUCCAAUCAACAUUUUCACUUGCGUUAUUAG